AUGGCGGGACACGAGGCCAGCUGCGACGAGGACCCGCUCUCUGUGGCGCUGCAGCUGCCGGCGGAGUCCGGCUCUGACGCCGAGGAGGAGGGAGAGGACGCAGGGGGCCCGAGGAAGGCGGCUGUCGCGGGCGUGCGGGGGCGGCGGGGGCGGCCUGGCGGCGACGCGGGCGCCAGGCAGCCCUGCAAGUUCUCCAUAGACAGCAUCCUCGGGCUGGGGACGGCGGUUCAGAGGCUGGAGACGGAGUUCAUGGACUUGGGCUGUGGCCGGGAGUCGAACCCAGCAAGUAGGCCGCAGCACAUCGCUCGUCCAGAGCCGAGGCUUCCUUCGCCCGAUAUUGUGGAGCCCAUUCCACACAGACCCGCCCGGUCGUCCGCUACUAAUGGCAACCGCUCCGAGAAGAGCCGCUGUACUGCACCGCCGAUCGAAGUACCAGCCGACCGAGAGGAACCACAUCUCCGGCUCGAUCGACGGACGUCUGCAUCUAUUGCCGGUACCUGCGGCACUGCUGGCGGUGUCUGGCAGUUCCGGGACGCCCCCGCCGCCGCCAGCGUCCUCUUCGGGGGCAUCGUCGGGGGCGGCGUCGGCGUCUGCAGCGCCCCGAAGCCCUCUGGAAGGCGUUCUCGGAAGCCGGGGCUGGACCGGAAGCCCCGCCAAGCGUACAGUGCCAAGCAGCUGGAGCGGCUCGAAGCCGAGUUCAAGCUGGACAAGUACCUGAGCGUCAGCAAGCGGAUGGAGCUGAGCAAGGCUCUGGCGCUGACGGAGGUGCAGAUCAAGACGUGGUUCCAGAACCGGCGCACCAAGUGGAAGAAGCAGCUCACCUCCCGCCUCAAGAUGGCUCACAGGCAGCUGUAG